AACCGCUCUGCCGCCGCCGCCGCCAGCUCGCUGUAUGCCCCGGAGGCGCGGCCAUGGAGGUGGUGGGCGACUUCGAGUACAGCAAGAGGGACCUCGUGGGACACGGGGCCUUCGCCGUGGUCUUCCGGGGGCGCCACCGCCAGAAAACUGACUGGGAGGUAGCUAUUAAAAGUAUUAAUAAAAAGAACUUGUCAAAAUCCCAAAUACUGCUGGGAAAGGAAAUUAAAAUCUUAAAGGAACUUCAGCAUGAAAAUAUUGUAGCACUCUAUGAUGUUCAGGAAUUACCCAACUCUGUCUUUCUUGUGAUGGAGUAUUGCAAUGGUGGAGACCUGGCAGAUUAUUUGCAAGCUAAAGGAACUCUCAGCGAAGACACUAUCAGAGUAUUUCUGCAUCAGAUUGCAGCUGCCAUGAGAAUUCUGCAUAGCAAAGGAAUAAUUCACAGGGAUCUCAAACCACAGAACAUCUUGUUGUCCUACGCCAACCGCAGAAAGUCAAGUGUCAGUGGUAUUCGCAUCAAAAUAGCGGAUUUUGGUUUUGCUCGUUACCUGCAUAGCAACAUGAUGGCUGCAACACUGUGUGGAUCUCCAAUGUAUAUGGCUCCUGAGGUUAUUAUGUCUCAACAUUAUGAUGCCAAGGCAGACCUGUGGAGCAUAGGAACGGUGAUAUAUCAAUGCCUAGUUGGAAAACCACCUUUUCAGGCCAAUAGUCCUCAAGAUUUAAGGAUGUUUUAUGAGAAGAACAGGAGCUUAAUGCCUAGUAUUCCCAGAGAAACAUCACCUUACUUGACUAAUCUCCUUUUGGGUUUACUUCAGAGAAACCAGAAAGAUAGGAUGGACUUUGAAGCAUUUUUUAGCCAUCCUUUUCUUGAGCAAGUUCCAGUAAAAAAAUGUCAUGUAACUGCACUUCAAAGAAGAGACGGAGCUCUUUGUCGGUUUCUUCCCCCAGCUUGCCCAGUUCCAGUGCCUCUGUAUGCUGGCUCUGUUUCCGGAAGCUCCUGUGGCAGCUCUCCAUCUUGUCGUUUUGCCUCUCCACCAUCCCUUCCAGAUAUGCAGCAUAUUCAGGAAGAAAACUUAUCUUCCCCACCAUUGGGUCCUCCCAACUAUCUACAAGUGUCCAAAGAUUCUGCCAGUACUAGUAGCAAGAACUCUUCUUGUGACACGGAUGACUUUGUUUUGGUUCCACACAACAUCUCGUCAGACCACUCAUAUGAUAUGCCCUCUGGAACUGCUGGAAGACGUGCUUCCAAUGAGUUCUUGGUGUGUGGAUGGCAGUGUCAGCCUACUGUGUCACCUCACAGCGAAACAGCACCAAUUCCAGUUCCUACUCAAAUAAGGAAUUAUCAGCGCAUAGAGCAGAAUCUUACAUCUACUGCCAGCUCUGGUACAAAUCCACAUGGUUCUCCAAGAUCUGCAGUGGUACGAAGGUCUAACACCAGCCCCAUGGGCUUUCUUCGGGUGGGAUCCUGCUCCCCAGCGCCAGCAGACACAGCACAGACAGUUGGACGGAGACUCUCUACCGGAUCUUCCCGGCCUUACUCACCUUCCCCGUUGGUUGGGACAAUUCCUGAGCAGUUCAGUCAGUGCUGCUGUGGGCAUCCUCAGGGCCAUGAAUCCAGGAGUAGAAACUCUUCAGGCUCUCCAGUGCCACAGGCCCAGUCACCACAACCUCACUUAUUGGGUGCUAGACUGCAGAGUGCACCCACUCUGACUGACAUCUAUCAGAACAAGCAGAAACUCAGAAAGCAACACUCUGACCCUGUGUGUCCAUCCCACUCUGGGGCUGGGUAUAGCUACUCACCACAGCCCAGUCGGCCUGGUAGCCUUGGAACCUCUCCCACCAAGCACAUGGGAUCCUCCCCACGGAAUUCUGAUUGGUUCUUUAAAACGCCUUUGCCAACAAUCAUUGGCUCUCCUACUAAGACCACAGCUCCUUUCAAAAUCCCCAAAACACAAGCGUCUUCCAACUUGUUAGCCUUGGUUACUCGUCAUGGGCCUACUGAAGGGCAGUCCAAAGAUGGGACUGACCCACGGGAAUGCUCCCACUGCCUCUUCGUACAAGGAAGUAAGAGGCAGCGGCCUGAACAGCAGAGCAAGGCAGUGUUCGGCAGAUCUGUCAGUACUGGGAAAUUAUCAGAUCAACAAGUAAAGACAACUUUAGGUGGAUACCAGGGGAGCACAGACAGUUUAAAUACAGAACGACCAAUGGAUAUAGCUCCUGCAGGAGCCUGUGGUGUUGUACUGGCACCUCCCACAGGAGUGGCAGCAAGUUCUAGGGCUGUCCUCUUCACUGUGGGGUCUCCUCCGCACAGUGCCACGGCCCCCACUUGUACCCAUAUGGUCCUUCGAACAAGAACAACCUCAGUGGGGUCCAGCAGCUCGGGAGGCUCCUUGUGCUCCGCAAGUGGCCGCGUGUGUGUGGGCUCCCCGCCUGGGCCAUUGGGCUCUUCCCCUCCGGGAGCAGAGGCAGCUCCCAGCCUGAGAUACGUGCCUUAUGGUGCUUCACCCCCUAGCCUAGAGGGGCUCGUCACCUUUGAAGCCCCUGAACUGCCGGAGGAGACCCUGAUGGAGCGAGAGCACACAGACACCUUACGCCAUCUGAACGUGAUGCUGAUGUUCACUGAGUGUGUGCUGGACCUGACGGCCGUACGAGGGGACAAUCCUGAGCUGUGCACAUCUGCUGUGUCCUUGUACCAGAUUCAGGAGAGUGUGGUUGUGGACCAGAUCAGCCAGCUGAGCAAAGACUGGGGGCGAGUGGAGCAGCUGGUGUUAUACAUGAAAGCGGCACAGCUGCUUGCAGCUUCCCUGCAUCUUGCCAAAGCCCAGAUCAAGUCCGGGAAGCUGAGCCCAUCCACGGCUGUGAAACAAGUUGUCAAAAAUCUGAAUGAACGAUAUAAAUUCUGCAUCACCAUGUGUAAGAAACUUACAGAAAAGCUGAAUCGCUUCUUCUCUGACAAACAGAGAUUUAUUGAUGAAAUCAACAGCGUGACUGCAGAGAAGCUCAUCUAUAAUUGUGCUGUGGAAAUGGUUCAGUCUGCAGCCCUGGAUGAGAUGUUCCAGCAGACUGAAGAUAUUGUUUAUCGUUAUCAUAAGGCAGCUCUUCUUUUGGAAGGCCUCACCAAGAUCCUCCAGGACCCUGCAGAUAUUGAAAAUGUACAUAAAUAUAAAUCUAGUAUUGAAAGAAGAUUGUCAGCACUCUGCUAUAGUACCGCUACGGUGUGAGCAGCAGCAGGCUAUCCCGUGAACCACUGGUGGGAACAGGAGAUGAUCCACUUGGGAAUACAGCUUGGGUUCUGCCACCCCAUCCCCAGGAAACUGUAGUUUCUCAACUGGUGACUACCAAAGAACAAGCAGUGAUUUCAAAAAGGAAAAACAAUAAAAAACUACACAUUUGUAGGAAAUCUGCCUUAUCGGAGAAGUCACCCCUACCCGUUUUCUUUGUAAAAGAAGCAAGAAUAUUCCACUUGACUCCCAGUUUGAACUUGGUAAAUAAAUGUACCUUAGAACUAGAAUUAUCAGUACAGUUAUUCUUAAGGAUAAUUAAAGAUGAGUGGCUUUUCACUCAGCUUUCACUUUCACCAUAGCAGUGUGUGAAAUUCCAUGUGUUUGCUGAGGUACACAAGUAAAAAUAUUUACAUCUCAUCCAGGCAGUUUGAUAUUUGGAGUGAUUUUAUCUGAAUCUGAGCAUGCAUCCUUAAACAGCUCAGGAAGAAACAGCUUAAGAAGAAGCAAAAGAUGGCUCUUGGAAGGAAUUUUGAAAUCUUCAAUUUGAUCUUAAAUGGACACAUGUUAAUCUUCCAAAAUUCUUUUAUAUUGCACUAAUUUAUUAAAACAAUUACAUAUUGGAUUUUGCAAUUUAAAACUAACUGAGGCACAAUGAACUUGUUUAAAAUAUUUUACUUGAUUAUAUACAUAUACCCUUUCCAGAUUUCACAUGUAAUCACUAGUGAACUUUUAAAUGGUCAAAACUUGUGUUCAUGUGACCUUUGCAUUUUUUUAACCUGUUCAUCUACACCUACAGAUUUUCUCAGUAAUAUUUUGAGUUGCUGGUUAUUUGCUUUUGGUUGCAUGCAGAAUGUGCAUUGAUGCCUGUGACCUUAGAAUUACUAAAGGCACUAGGUAUUUGGGGGCAGUAUUAAAAAGUAUAUCAUGAAUCAAGUUUCAAGAAUCUUAGUAGGGCCAAAACGAAGUUGAAGAUAAAGGCUUGUUAGUAAUGUGGAUUUUCUACAUGAAGUUAGUGAAAAAUGAGGUUUGUUUGUCUUAGGAAAACGGGCAGCUCUCUCCAGUCUAAUGUGUAUUUUUCAUGUUCAUCCUGACAAUGCACCGAGUAGCUCAUCAUGGAGAAUGCAGGCAGUUAACAUCCCCCUCCAGGACUGGUCCCUACUUUGUAUAUUAUUUUUGUUUCUUUUACUUAUUUGCUUGAAUACUUGAAUAAACCACUUACCAGUUUAAAUCCUUUUACUUUAAAAUUUUUACAUAAAAUAAUACAAACUCUUUGACAAAUUGCACAGACACUCUGGCAUUAACCUAAUUUUAGUGUACUGAUAAAAACAAAAACAAAUAUGAUUUCCCUUACUUUGACAAAGUAAUGUAAUUUUUACCUUAUUUAUCUGUAUGAAAUUCCAGCAGUUAAUUUGAACAUUUAUUUAUAUGAUGUUUGUAUUUUUAAGUCUUUAAUACAGUGUUUCUACCUCUCAUUUGUAACUGCAUGCAUUGUCCUUGAAACUAGGUAAAACUCACUAAAUUGUUGUGUAAUAAAUAGCCUUUUUAUUAUUGCCUGUACAAAUGUAUAUUAAGGUAAAAUAAAACUGACAAGUGUUUCUAAGUUACAAUUGGGUCCAUGUUAAGUGGCCUGUCAAGCCAGAUACUUCCUUAAUGUGUUUGUAGACUUGGUUAUAAAAAUCCUUUGCCCCGUCAGAGGGCUGACAAUUCUCUUGCAGGUGCCCUAGACCAUUCAGCGAUGAUCCCUAGCCCUCCUUAGCCUCAGUGACACUGUCUUUUAUGUAAUAUUUUGGACUUAUAGUCAAUUUUAUUCAUGUUUGCUCAGUUACCACCUGUAUUAUCUCAGAUGACUCAGGUGUAUUCCAUCCCUUCCUCUCCUUCCUGUUUCAUUUGAACAUAGGAUGAAACAGGUUCAGAGAGGGAAAGUGACUGGUCUGAAACCAGGAACUAGGUUCCUGAUCUCACCGUGCUUUGUGACUUCCACCAGGAACUAGGUUCCUGAUCUCACCGUGCUUUGUGACUUCCACAUCUGGUGUUUGUCUUGCAUAAUAAAGGUCUCGUGGUAGGA